CUUAACCCAAGUCGCCUUGAAGACUAGAAGUUUAUUGAGAAGGAAUUUGUGAAUUUCAUCACAGGAACUUGAACAUAGUAUUAUCAUUUGAGUGACAGAUCUUAGGUCCCCUGCAACAUAGACGAUAAAUCACAGCUUACACCAUUUUGACGGAGAAGAUCAGACAAGGCAUGGAAUACAUUAAAGGUCUGUUCGUCAACAAGAUCGACCGCUGCGAGCUCAAGGAGGGUGAUCACAUCUACUGCUGGAGAUCACUUUACAUCCACGCUCACCAUGGGAUAUACAUCGGUGACGAACACGUUAUUCACUUCUUCCCUACAGAAACAGAAGGAUUUUGGUCGGAUUUCUUGGGGUCCUACUGGAAUCCCUCGUGCAAGAAAUGUGACAAGUCCAACCGUGACCGUCAGGGAAUGGGAUCGGACAGGUUGGGGCAUCGAUGGGCUUUCUUCAGAACCAUGUUUUAGGCGAGGUAUUUAUGAUGGCCUUACGCGGUCUUGGCGACAUUUUCCAGAUCAAAGAAGUGGAAUCCCUCAAGGCCAUUCUGCAGAUUCUAAUUGAACCGGGAGAUCAGACGAUUCGGGAUGGUUUGGGGAGCAAACUUGUCGAGGAGCUGGGGCUUCGGAGUAACGUUGUAGAUCAUCUCAAACGUUUUAUUAGUGCGAAUGCCACCAACAUGCUUAUUGCUCUUCCACAUUGGUUGAAGUCUGGUCAGAAUGUCUUUCGUCCACUGAUUUUAAUCUACCAAUCGGAUAUUGGAAUUCACAAGGAUGUUCGUUCCGUUGACGUCGAGCAACUGGUUGUCGAGCUAAACCCGGUGGACUCAAAAGCAGUAGUUGUCUUCGAUGGGGUCGGAACCGACAGGGAGCAACAUAUUUCUGAGUCAAAAGCAACUAAGCCAAACGUAGGAGGCAAGCCUGAUUGGUGUAAGAGAGGUGAGGUGGAGGGGGAGCAACUAAUUGUUGAGCGAAAGCCGGUGGAGUCUGAACCAAUUGUCCAUGGGGUUGGAACUGACAGGGAGCAACGUAUUUCAAAAGCAACUAAGCCCAACGGAGGAGGCGAGGCUGAAGAGUGCAGGAGUUGUGAGGUGGAGAUGGAGUAACCAGUUGACGAGCUAAAUCCGGUGGAGUCAGAAUUAAUUGUAGAAGAAAGUGUGCUGGUACAACGUUUCAAAUCAGUCCUCCAUGUUAAACAACAACAGCCGAUAAGAGCCACGAGUUCGGAGGUUAGGGAGGACUCUGAUUGGCAAACCAAGAUGCUCUCGACCUGAUCUUCCAACGAUGUCCAUGGAUCUAUAAAAAUGAUCUAGUGAUCAUCCAACCGUGUGAGGCCAACAGACCGACGGAUUCAUAUGAUCUCAACUUGGUUGAUUUCUGGGUUCAGUUCUACGGUCUGCCAUUGGAGUACCUGACCAUCCCUAUGGUUGUGAACAUCGCUUCCAUAAUUGGAAACCCUAAAUCCCCGCCCCUCGAAGAAGCAGAAAAAUGGUGCAAAUAUGCUCGUAUGAGGGUCACGAUCAACGUUGACAAUCCACUCCCCAACAAGGUCUCUGUUACUCUCCUCAAUAAUGUUGACAUUGAAGUUACUGUUAGAUAUGAACAACUGUCUCGGUUAUGUUUCUUCUGUGGGCGCCUAGGGCACGACGAACAAGGCUGCUCCAUUCUUUCUGAACUUGGCCAAGCAAUUGAGAAUAGCAAAUCUGAUGUGGAAAAGCAACAACCGGUUGCACUUCUCAAGUUCCAUUGUGAUGACUCCAUACUUGCAGCAUCUCCGGCCUGAAAACUGAGCUCCAAACCAGAAAUCACCGUGCGGCCUUAUUGUCCCCAUCUCAAUCCCUUACCAGAUACCUUCAGCAGCAAGCAACAAAGAUCAUGCAGUUUGAUGAUGUCCCUGAUAGGCGUUCCAAGCUUCCAUGGCCUAAUUAAUCAAGGCCACGUAGAUCCCAUGCAUACCACGGUUGUGAAUAACCACUAAUCUUUUAGUUAUUUUUCUUUGUAUGUCUCGAGAACUCUGUAAAGUGAUAGACAUAAUAUUCUAUAUCAUAUUUUUUU